AUGCCUCCCGCAUCCGAGAGCCUUCUACUACAAGCUCGACUACGGUUGCUGGCCUUCCACAUUAGACAAUAUGCUUCGCUCUCGACGCCCAAACCACCCAAAGCCAACUUCCUAAAAAGAGUGCGCUCACAACAAUCACCCAAACAGCAGUCUAGCAAAGAAGGCGAGAAUGCGUCUAAGUCGCAGCCGAAUCCCGAAGAUACAUCCCAUACACGCCAGCAGGACCAGUUCAGACGAUUUAUGCCAGCAUGGCUUCGCGAACGGCCCUUCCUACGCAACUCGAUCGCUGCAUUUGCGAUGACAGUGCCCAUAUCAGCGUUUGUUCUGCUUCAUUUCCCGUAUGAGCCACGACGAGUCACUGGACCGAGCAUGAAGCCCACCAUCAAUGCAGAUUGCGAAUCCGACAGCGAUGCAGCCUACAGUCCUACGUGGGUACUUGUGAGGAGAUGGGACACUAACGCCAUACGCGAGGUUAGGAAGCAACAGUUAUCGCAGAAGGGAAGCAAAACUGCUUCGUCGCGCUGGGGACGUGGUGACAUCGUGGUCUACGAUACACCUCACGAUCCUGACAAGGUGGCAGUCAAGAGGAUAGUCGCGGUUGCAGGGGAUACUAUUGUUCCUAUGAAAGGAUACCCGGGUGGUGAAGAGCCUGUUGUCAUUCCGUACAACCAUGUCUGGGUGGAAGGUGACGCCAAUGACCGCAAGAAGAGCGUCGACUCCAACUAUUUCGGACCUAUAGCUAGACCACUGAUCAAAGGUAGAGUGGUGGCUAUGUGGUCACCCUGGUGGAAUAUUUUCGGCAUCAAGGGCGUGGACAAAUGGAACGCUACAUGGCCUGCAAAGACUCAAAACAGAGUCAAUGAGCAAGCUGUUGAAGUCGCUGCUGUUGAUCCGAACCAUGCCGAGAAAUUCAAGCCAUUCGAGGGUGAUCUUGGGGAGAAGACACUUCGGUGGGUGCGGGAACGCCAACGAGAGAUCGAGGACAGAUUCACAAAGGACGAGCAGUAUCGUGCGCAAAUGUAUGACUUUUUCGUGCACGCUGUGAUUGUUGGUCGGACAAACCCUGAUCCUGAGACGAAGGAGCGUGGGCGUAUCAUCGUUCGUGAGCUUGAGCAUUUACUGGGUCAGAAAGCGAUUCUUGCGGCGAGACCGAUGAAGCAGAGACGUGAUCCUGGAGAGUUGCCCGAAGACCUUUUCAAGACUGCUACCUAG